AUGAAAAUCAUUGACUCGUAUCAAUGCGAGCAACUUUUUGAACGGUUUAGAGGUCACUAUGAAGGUAAACAAAUCCCUCCAAGUUUCCAAUUUGACCAGUCACAUUCGAUCAAUCAUAACUUGGAUCAAUUGGCACUCUAUGCCUUGAAUCCAAAUACCGUCAUGGGCAUAUAUAAGGCGUACACUCCUCUUAUUUUCGAUGUGGUGGCAAGAUGGAUCGAAAGACCCCACGACUUUGAGGGCACUGCAACAAUACCGGGAUCCACUGUCUUGGUCACCAUUUCAAGCUUAGUAAACUUGACCCAGGAGUUCCACAGUCUAAUUGAGUACUUCCUUACCAAACAGAAGUUCUUUGAGCUUAUCAGCAAUGUGAAGGGCGUCGUCGUCCAAUCCCAAAAUGAGUUGCGUUGUGUUUUGUUGGCUUUCCAUAGACUUUUCAGAGCCAACAUCCAAAGAUUCAAACAGUUUGUCAUUCCAAGCGUCCUAUACUCUAUUAUAACCUCCGAAGUCACUACGCCAACUAAUAAGUACUUGGCCAUAAGACUUAUUGCUGCGUACUGUGAAUCGUCCGAGGCAUCUUUGAACAAAAUGUUGGCUAUACAUAUUGGUUCUAGUGAACCCAUAGACACGUUGGAAUCUGAUUCAAAUAUAAACUAUCAUGUCAUCGAUGUUCUUGAUGGCCAAAGACUUGCAUAUUCCACUCAAUUGCCAGAAUACACCGCAAGUCAUAGUAACAAAGAUACAGCUAAGAUCAUUGUCAUUGAACCCUGCCAUCUUUGUCCUUUAGUCAUGUCAGUAUGUGGUGUAUUAAUUCCAAAAUUAGGAGACAGUGAUAAAAAAGUGGUCCAAGUCAUUAAUGAAUCGUUUAUUCCUACAGAAUCGUCCAUUAGAGUGCUUCAAAAAUUAGCAAACAAUAUCCAAAAUAAUACCCCAACCCUUCUUUACGGUAAAGCCGGUGCCGGUAAAACGUUUUUAAUUAAUGAAUUGGCUCGUUAUAUGUCUUUCCAAGAUUCAAUAGUUAAAAUCCAUUUGGGUGAGCAAACAGAUGCAAAAUUACUUUUAGGAACUUACACUUCAGGUGAAAAACCCGGUACUUUUGAAUGGAGAUCAGGUGUUUUAACUAAAGCUGUAGCUGAGGGGAAAUGGGUAUUAAUUGAAGAUAUUGAUAAGGCUCCAACAGAAGUAUUAUCUGUUUUAUUAACUCUAUUAGAAAAGAGAGAAUUAACCAUCCCUUCUAGAGGUGAAGUAAUUAAGGCUCAUAAUGGGUUCCAAUUAAUUUCCACUAUCAGAAUCUCAAAUGACUCCAAAAAGAACCAGCUUCCUGAUUUAAUUGGUUUAAGAUUAUGGAAUUUAGUAGAUGUGGAUUUAUUAACAGAACCAGACAUUAAAAGAGUGCUUAAUAUUAAAUUCCCAUUAUUAAAGAAUUUGAUAAAUUCGUUCCUUAAUUUCUACAAAGAAAUAACCCAAAUUUAUGCAUCGCUGUCGUUUAUAACCUUGAAUCGAGGAGCUCAUCCAAGAGCUAUUUCAUUCAGAGAUAUGAUGAAAUUUUGUGCCCGUUGCAACACCAUGUUGAUGAACGAAGGUAUUGUUGAUUCAAGUGCAUUAUUGGAGGCACAAAUAUAUGAUAAUAUUUUUGCUGAAGCUGUUGAUUGUUUCGGAAGUUUUAUUACUGAAAAGACAGCAAUGGUUCCCUUAAUUAAUUCUAUCGGGUCUAAUCUUGAAAUUCCUACUUCAAGAGUUAACCUUUUCCUUACAAAGCAUGUUCCCAAGUUUUAUAAUGAUGCAGAAGCCCUAAGAAUCGGUCGUUCGAAGUUAUCGAAAUCUGCAACUGAUAAAACUUUACACUCCAAAAAGAAAGUGACAAUGAUGAAUGAUACUUCUUUUGCACUUACAAAUCAUUCCUUAAAGUUAAUGGAACAAAUUGGCGUUGCUACGUCUAUGGUUGAACCAGUGCUUCUUGUAGGUGAGACAGGAACAGGUAAAACCACAGUCGUACAACAAGUUGCAAAAUUAUUAGACAAAAAAAUCACUGUUAUCAACGUUUCCCAACAAACUGAAACCGGUGAUCUUUUGGGUGGAUACAAACCUGUAAACACGAAAACAGUUGCAAUUCCUCUUCAAGAAACAUUUGAAAGCUUAUUUUUGGCUACCUUUUCCAAGAAGAAGAAUGAACGUUUCUCUCAAGUUUUAUCCAAGUGUUUCAAUAGAAGUCAAUGGAAAAACGUCUUAAAAUUAUGGAAAGAGGCUAUCAAGAUGGCCAGAGACAUUUUAGAUAAGUCUGAAUCUGAUGAUGGUGAUACUUCUAACCCGAAGAAGAAAAGAAGAUUGAAUUCCGAAGAAAAGACAAUUCUCUUGAACCAUUGGCUGGAGUUUGAAAGCAAAAUCGGUGAGUUUGAAAUUCAAGCAACUUCGUUGGACAAUUCUUUCUUCUUUGAUUUUGUUGAAGGUUCAUUAGUUAGAGCUGUUAAAAAUGGUGAAUGGCUUCUUCUUGAUGAAAUCAACUUGGCAUCGUCAGAUACUCUUGAAAGUAUAGCUGAUUUACUUACUGAAGUAGAUAACAGAUCAAUUUUGUUAACAGAAAGAGGUGAUGUCGAAUCCAUAAAAGCACACCCAGAUUUCCGAAUCUUUGGAUGUAUGAAUCCUUCAACUGAUGUUGGUAAAAAGGAUCUUCCUCCAAGUAUUCGGUCAAGAUUCACUGAAAUCUAUGUCCACUCUCCAGACCAGGAUAUCCAAGAUUUACUUGCAAUUAUUGACAAGUAUAUGAGCAAAUACGCUGUAGGAGACGAAUGGGUCGGGAACGAUAUUGCCGAACUCUAUCUUGAAGCCAAAAAGUUGGCUGAAACAAACAAAAUUGUUGAUGGUGCAAACCAAAAGCCACAUUUCAGUAUCCGUACAUUGACCAGAACUUUGCUCUAUGUAUGCGAUAUCAUUUCCAUUUACGGUCUUCGUAGAUCAUUAUACGAAGGGUUUUGUAUGGCAUUUCUUACAUUGUUGGACGCUAAAUCAGAGAAACUAUUAGUGCCAAUAAUAGAGAAAUAUACCAUUGGCCGUCUUAAGAACAUGAAAUCGGUCAUGAAUCAAAUCCCUCCAGCUCCUUCCACCAGUGACACUAAUUUUGUUCAAUUUAAACAUUAUUGGCUUAAACAAGGUACUGGAGAAAUCGUUGAUCAACCUCAUUAUAUUUUAACUCCAUUUGUGGAGAAGAAUAUGCUUAAUCUUGUCAGAGCAGCUGCAAGCUCCAGGUUUCCUAUAUUGGUUCAAGGGCCAACUUCAGCAGGGAAGACUUCUAUGAUCAACUAUUUGGCAAAUAUUUCUGGCCAUAAGUUUGUUAGAAUUAAUAAUCAUGAGCAUACUGAUUUACAAGAAUACUUGGGUACUUAUGUGUCUGAUUCUACCGGAAAAAUGACUUUCAAAGAGGGGAUUCUCGUUGAAGCUCUUCGUAAUGGUUAUUGGAUAGUGUUGGAUGAAUUAAACCUUGCCCCCACGGAUGUUCUUGAGGCAUUGAAUCGUUUGCUUGAUGAUAACAGAGAAUUAUUCAUACCGGAAACUCAGGAAGUGGUUCAUCCUCAUCCUGAUUUUAUGUUGUUUGCUACCCAAAAUCCUCCUGGAUUAUAUGGUGGCAGAAAGGUUUUAUCAAGAGCCUUUAGAAACAGAUUUUUGGAGUUACAUUUUGAUGAUAUCCCUCAAGAUGAAUUGGAGAUCAUCUUGAGGCAACGGUGUCAAAUUGCUCCAACUUAUGCUGCUAAAAUUGUUGAAGUCUACAAGCAACUUUCCGUUCAACGGCAAUCCACCAGACUUUUCGAACAAAAAAAUUCCUUUGCAACGUUGCGUGAUCUAUUCCGGUGGGCUGGAAGAGAAGCUGUAGGUUACGAUGAGUUAGCUGCUAAUGGCUACAUGCUUUUAGCCGAAAGAGUAAGAAACCAAGAAGAGAAGGCAGUUGUGAAGCAUGUCAUAGAAAAAGUCAUGAGGGUCACUCUCGAUAUGGACGCCUACUACGAAAAGCUUGAAAAUAAGGAAAUUAUCCAGAAGGAAGGGACUAUAGUCUGGACGAAGGCAAUGAGGAGAUUAGCUGUUUUAGUAGAAACUUCUAUCAAAUACAAAGAACCAUUACUUUUGGUCGGUGAAACUGGUUGUGGUAAGACUACUGUCUGUCAAAUUGUUGCCCGCUUUUUGAACAGAGAUUUAAUCACAGUCAAUGCCCAUCAAAAUACUGAAACUGGUGACAUUUUGGGUGCUCAGAGACCUGCUAGACAUAGAAACGAGAGACGUACUCAAUUAUUUACUGCUUUAGUGAAAGCUUUUGAACAAGUGGGAAUAGUACAAAAUUAUAGUGAUAUUAGACUUGAAGAUUUGGUUAAGAUGUUUGACAAUUUGUCUUCGUCGUAUGAUAGCAUUGAUGUUCAACUAUUGGAAACGAUUCAGACGCUAAGAAAGGAAUCAAAUACCCUUUUUGAAUGGAACGAUGGUCCUUUAGUUCAAGCCAUGAAAACUUCAAACUUUUUCUUGUUAGAUGAAAUAUCUUUGGCAGAUGACUCUGUUUUAGAAAGAUUAAAUUCUGUUUUGGAACCAGAAAGAUCAUUGUUUUUGGCAGAGAAGGGAGCUGAAGAUAAUUCGUUUAUUGUUGCUAAAGAAGGAUUCUGCUUCUUUGCUACAAUGAACCCAGGUGGUGACUAUGGUAAGAAGGAGCUUUCACCAGCUUUGAGAAACCGUUUUACUGAGAUCUGGGUUCCAUCUAUGGAUGACUUUGAAGACGUUAGACAAAUUGUUCGUUCAAGAUUAACUGCCCAGGCAAAGGAAGUUGCUGAUUGCAUAGUGAGUUUCUCUGAAUGGUUUGGUAACAAGUUUGGGAAUGGCCAUGCCAACAGUGGGAUUAUCUCUCUUCGUGAUAUUCUUGCCUGGGUAGAGUUUAUUAAUUCAUCUGUUGAUGUUGCUGGUGUAAGUGCGUCUUUAGUGCAAGGCGCUGCUAUGGUGUUCAUUGAUGCCUUGGGAACCAAUAAUACUGCUUACCUAGCUGAGAAUGAAGCAAAAUUACGUGAGUUAAAGAAAGAAUGCGUUUCGAGAUUGACUGUGUUCUAUAAUAAGGAAGACUUGUUGAACUACUAUAACUUGGAUGAUAUCAACAUUGAAUUACUGGACUCAUUUGUUUCUGGAGGACCUUUCAAAAUUCCCCGCUUACAAACGAAUUCUAUCACUGAUGAGUUUAAUAUUCAAGCUGGUACCACCUCUGCAAAUGCCAUGAGGGUCAUUAGAGCAAUGCAAGUUAAAAAACCCAUUUUGUUAGAAGGUAGUCCUGGUGUGGGGAAGACCAGUUUAGUGUCUGCCAUUGCCAAAUUGACUGGGAACUCAUUAAUUCGAAUUAACCUUUCAGAACAAACAGAUUUAGUGGAUUUGUUUGGUUCUGAUGUUCCCUCGGAAGGUGGUAAAACAGGUGAGUUUGUGUGGAGAGAUGCCCCCUUUUUGAGAGCAAUGAAGAAUGGUGAAUGGGUUCUUUUGGACGAAAUGAACUUGGCUUCACAAUCGGUUUUGGAAGGUUUGAAUGCUUGUUUAGAUCACAGAGGAGAAGCGUUUAUUCCUGAAUUGGACAAGUCCUUCCCUAGACAUCCCAACUUUGUUGUAUUUGCUGCUCAGAACCCUCAAUACCAAGGAGGGGGACGGAAAGGUUUACCUAAAUCAUUUAUUAACCGUUUCACUGUUGUGUACGUUGAUGUUUUGAACUCAAAGGAUUUGAAUGAUAUUUCUAAGCAUUUAUUUCCAAACAUCGAUGCCAAAUUGGUUUCACGUAUUAUAGAGUUCAUUUCUCUUCUUGAAGAUGAAAUUGCCCAUAAAAAGUUAUGGGGUACUUCCGGUGGUCCUUGGGAGUUCAACUUACGUGAUACUUUAAGAUGGUUGAGCUUAUUGUCAUCAACAACAAAUUUGGCUUCAGACAUUUCACCUAGUGACUUCUUUAAUAUGAUUGUGUGUCAGAGAUUCCGUACACUGGAAGACAGACAAAGAGCACACGAUUUAUUUGAAAGAGUGUUUGGUGGACCUUCUAUGAUUACCAGAAGAGACAACUACUUUGCUAUUGGUGUUGAUUAUAUACAAAGCAAUGGAGCUGUCAUUGAAAGAAGGCCCGUCUUAAGACAUUCCACUGGAAAUGAAUUGUUUGCUUUACAGUCCAAUUUUGCGUUUGUUGAAUCAGCAAUCAGGUGUAUUAAUUUGAAUAUACCUUUAAUCUUGACUGGUCCUUCAAACAGUGGGAAAACAUCUUUGGUGAGGUUUAUGGCCAAAUGUGUUGGUGCUGAAUUGGUUGAAUUUGCAAUGAAUAGUGAAGUCGACUCAAUGGAUAUCUUAGGUGGAUACGAACAAAUAGACCUUACAAGAUCUGUUACUAUGUUGACUAAAGAGUUGAGAGAAUACUUGAACUAUUUGGCAGUUAUUAACUUGCAAGCUCAAAGAACAGAUACCAACAUUUUACUAAAAACAACCAUGUUUUUAGACUUUAUUGAUAAAUGUCCAAUUCAAAGCUCUAAUUUCAACGACUUUGUUGAAAAAAUUAGUGAAUACUCCUUGAUUUAUUGUGAUGAAACUAUUAAAGAGUUCAUUCUGAAAGCUAAACUUUUACAAAGUAAGUUAGCAGAAGAAAUGACUGUCAAGUUCCAAUGGUUCGACGGUCUUUUAGUUCAAGCUGUUCAAAAUGGUCAAUGGUUAGUAUUGGAUAAUGCCAACUUGUGUAAUCCAUCUGUGCUUGAUCGUUUGAACUCUCUUUUGGAAACUAAUGGGAUGUUGAUCAUCAACGAAUGUAAUGAAGAAGAUGGACUGCCCAGGACAUUGAAACCUCAUUCAAAUUUUAGAUUGUUUCUUACCAUGGACCCUAAACACGGGGAGCUUUCCAGAGCUAUGAGAAACAGAGGUGUUGAAAUCUAUAUGGAUGAUUUGAACACCAGGUCUACGGAAUAUGAUGUGAAAAUGCUUCAAAUUCCCAAGCAGCAUCCUCCAUUGGAGCCAUUGGAAGAUUCCAUUGCUAAACUCCAUGUUAAUGAUACUUGUGUGUCACCAGUUGCAAGGUUCGUAGACAUUACUCAGUUAUCGAUAAGCAGAACGCUAUCUCUUAUCGCCGAUGUCGUGAUGUCGACCAAUUCCAAGCAAGACCACUGCUUGAAUGUUGCAAUGACAUCUUCAUUACUGUUUGAUCUUAGUGAAUACUUUGAGAAAUGGUAUCAGUCUAUGAAGUCGUAUACCGGUGGAGCUUCUCAACACAUUGACACCGUGGAGGAAAUCAACAAUGAGCUUCAAAAUAUAUCCGUCUCAAAUGUUGUUAAAGAGUUGAGUCUGUUCUCUCUAGCUUUGAAUUCCAAUGUAAUGACAAGUAGUUUCACUGCUCACCAAACAUUACAUCCUCAAGUUAAUGCAUACCUUCUUGCAGACUUGGCUGCUUCGUUCCCCGAGAUGACCACUGCUGAAGCCACAUAUCUUUUCUAUGUUCUUCACAAUAUCCGUUUAGCCAAUGAACAGAUCAAAACAGUAGAAGAAAGAGCACUUGGGGCCAAAGUAUCUGACCUCUCAUACCUUGAGAGAACAGCAGCAUUCUCUGCUGGUAGAGAAAUGAAGUUCAAACCAAGAUUAAGACUCUAUGAGGUGGUUACUAAGUUACACCAAUUUGUAGUGGAUCGUGUCCAGGAGAAGAUAAUAGCAGCAAAAUCCUUCCUCCAGAAGAAGGAUGACUUUAAAGCACUCUUUGAGUUACAAAUCUUAUGGAAAUGCAUCUACAAUGCGUCUCAGACUGAAAACGUUUCCGUUAUUAGAAUUUAUAUUGAUUUGAUUUACCAAUGGGCCAAGAAGUGGUUUACUGUGGAGCACAUCCCUUCGUCCAUCACUGAAGUGGUUGAUAUCGUUGGGAAGGAAUUAGCCUUAAGCAGCGGAGCUUAUAUUGGACAACUCUGGGAACAUUUUAGAGGUAAGUAUCCUUCUUCCCAAGAAUCUUGGAAUGCUUUACUUCAAUUGAAAAAGUUGGCUGAAGAAUUUGAUGAAGUUUCUCGUGAACAAUUCCUGGAGUCGGAUUCCGUGAUUGCCGAGUCCAGAACCCUUUUGUUGCAGUCUUAUGAAGCCAUAUUGAAUUCUGAAGAUUCCAUUUACAAUACACUGCAAUUGUUCGACGCCUUGAAGGAUGGCAUAGAGAGCUUGAGAAAGGUUUCGGAUUCAUUCGUGUUCAAGAGAAAUGCUCAACUUGUUGGUGAGUUCGAUAUGAUUUCCAACUUUGUUGAAGCAAAUUCUGAUGCCCCCAGUGAUUUGUUACCGUUGGUUGCGUAUUCCAACAGAAACACAUUGUCAAUGGUCCAUGACUCAACGACUUACGGUUACCCAACAGUAUUUGAUGGUCUUUGGAAAAUUCAAAACGGUAAGACUGAAUCCCUUGUUGAUGAUCUCUUCACCGGAAACUUGAUACUUCAAGCGUGUGAAAGAGCCGAGAACUUGAAGAACCAAGCAGGUAAAUAUUUGGAUCAAAACUUGACUGAUAUGUCUAAGCUUUCUCAAGCUUUAAUCACACAUUCUCAGUCCAUUUUGACAAACCAAGUAAUCAACUUCAGAAACGUUAUUAGAAGUUGGUUCUUCCAAGUGUUGGAAAGUAUUUUAGAAGGUAAUGCUUAUGAUGACAUUAUGAAUGCAAUGGAUCAACUUCCUAGCACUUCUGCAUUUGAUCGCAUACUUAAUGUUUUGAAUGAAGAAGGUAGUUCUGCUGCUGCUAUAUUUGCCAAUAUUUGCAAAGACUACUUGCUCCCAUCAUUGAUGUUAACCUACGACAAUGACGGUACUGUUGGCUCCUUGGGACAGGCUUGGGUAUUGUUCUCGUUCGGUUUGCUUCAAAUGUUUGUACCCAGUUCUCCUAAUGAUCCCGCUAUCAAAGAGUACAUUGCUUUUGAUAACUUCCAAGCACACAUGGACUAUGCCAAGUCCAUCAAGGAAGCCUGGUCUGUUAUGAGAUCAUUCUUUUCUGGUAAUGAGCCCACUUAUAUUGAAGAUUCAAUCCGUGAACUCGAUAACUUGAUGUGCCCCACCAAACCUCGCAUAUACAGAAAGACGGGGUCAACUGACGAGUUGUUUGAAGAGUGGAUUUCCUUCAUGACCUCUUCGAUCUCCAGCCAAUCAGUCUUUGAGCUUUUGGAGGAGUGUAAGCAGUCAUCGUCUUCCUGUACCAAGAUCGAAAGAAGAAUAGAAAUGUUGAGAAACAAUUCAGCUCAAUUCUUAUCAAGAAUUUUGACCAAUUAUCCUUUGUUAGCUGACUUGAACGACAUUUUUAAGGGUUACAUUUUAGGGUUGAUGUUUGGGUUUGAGCUUUUAUUAUUGAACUCAAAACAAGAAACUGGUGGGUUGGAUAUAUUAUGGCCUACUUCUGUGGAUAAUUUGUCCACCAAGAAAUCUGUAUUGGGGGCUUUUGAAUUAUCCAAACAAUUGGCUAAACAGACAGCCACAGACAGUCAAAGUGCUGAGCAGCUUAUGAUAUUCUUCUUGAAGGCAUGCUUUACAUAUCAAAGUGGUACUUUGGAUCAAGAGGAAUGGCAAACUGUAUUGCAAGAUUCACUUGAGAUUAUUUACUACAGAUGGUCAAGAAGAAGAAUUAAAGCUGAACAAGCCGAUAUGGAAGAAAGCAAUUGGUUCAAGUACACCGACCCAACGGUUGAUGUUGAGGAAGAUUUCAAGAAGCUUUUCCCUGACUAUGAAGAUAUGAUGGAUGUUGAAGGCUCUACGGUGAAGAACAAUGACUCCUUUGAGGAGCUUCACUUCCAGAUUGCCAGUUUAUUCAUUGACUACUUUGUGGAUGGGAAGACUUACGAUUAUGAAGAGCUUGCUGGAGAUGGUGCAAGACUUGCUACUGUGCUUAAGGGCAUGCAAAAAAACAUUGGUGGUGUAAUUGGUGAGAUCAAUGCUUCCAACUUGGUUAAUUCUUUGAACCAAUUGGGUCAAGCUCAGAAGAAGUUUGUACAGACUCAAACCGUUGACUUUUAUCACGAUUCUUCACCUUUUGAAUCUAAGAAGGCCAUGAAGAUCAUUUCCAAGAUCCACAUCAGGGCAAUAACAUUACUUGAGCAAUGGCCAGAACAUGCAACUUUAAUUAACAUUAGAGUUGCCUGUGACGAGUUUUUAAUGUAUCCAAUGUCUCAUUCUGUUGCCAGAUUGCUACAGAAGGUGGAACAGAUUUACACCUUUAUUGCUGAAUGGGAGAAAUAUGCAUCAUCUCAGGUCAGUCUUAAGGAUGAGUUUGACGAAUUAACUAGGCUAAUUAUUGAUUGGAGAAAGUUGGAGCUUAGCACUUGGAAUUCGCUAUUUGAAUUUGAAGAGAAGUCUUUUGAGAAAGAAAUUGGUAAAUGGUGGUUCCAUUUGUUUGAAAUCAUUAUUGUUCCAUUAUUCACGGAACAAGAUAACGAUACCAGUAGUAUUGGUAUUGUUUCAGCUUUGAAUAUUUUUAUGAGUAAGGCAACUUUCGGAGAGUAUACUAUAAGAUUGAACCUUUUAAGAGCAUUUGAAAAGCUUUCUACGUUAUUGGAUCCUUCUAAUGAGUUGACUCAUGCAUUGAAGAAUUUCAUUUCCUUUUAUGAACAAUUCAAGCCCACGGUGGACUUGAAGAUAAGCGAAAGGAAGAAAGAACUCACCAAAAACAUAAAUGAAACCAUUUUGCUUGCAAGCUGGAAGGACGUUAACAUUGAUGCCCUUAAACAGAGUGCCAGAAAGUCCCACAACAAUCUUUAUAAGAUUGUUCGUAAGUAUAGGGCUGUUCUUGCACAACCAGUGAACCAAAUCAUUGAGAGUGGAUUAUCCACUGAUUUGAAGCCUAAAAGCUUCAAAUUACAUGUUCCUUCUUUCAAAUUUGUCAAUACUAAAGACACUAUUGAAGUAUGGAACGCUUGUGAAAGUGUCAGUACUUGGAAUGAGAGACCAAACAGACUUAAGAACUUGAAUAUGGUACUUUCAAACAUGCAAGUGUUCUCUACCCGGAUUGAAAAUGACGUCAUCCCAUCUAUUUAUGAUUAUGCAAAGGAAUUGCUUCAAGAAAUGGACCGUUUAAGAAGGGAAACCCCCAAGACUUUGAAGGAGGACAACAAGAAGGAAAUUGCUUCACUUAAAACUCAAAAGAGAAAGCUUUUAAGUGACACUGUCAAGGAAAUUCGUCGUAUGGGAUUGAAAACCAGUCAAAACACAGACAUCUCCAAACAUAUUUCGUCCACUAAUCAAAUCUUGACUUUAGUCACAAGUUUGGACGGUUCUAAAAGUUUGGAAGGAUCUUCCAGUUACUUUUUCCGUAUUCUAGACAUCUUGCCUCGUUUGAGAGCUGCUGUUUCCAGUUGUGCCGAAGAUGUCCCUAUUGCUGAUGCUCAAAAGUGUUUAGCAGCAAUUGAAAACUUGAUCCUUUCAUUGGUAACCACCAGAAAGCCACUUGCACAAUUAGCUACUGCUAUGGAUGAAAUUGUCCUGCUUCAUGUGAACUUCACAGACUUGAGCCAUGUGUUUGGACUGGACCAAUUAGUUGCUGCCACGCAGUUUGAAUCUGUUGACUUCAACUUGAAGCAAUUGGAUGAACUACUUUUCUGGUUCCCUAAGAUCAUCAACUUUGGGAUAUCUGCAUUGCAAGUAUCUUCGUCAGUGCCAUUGCCAGAUCAACAAGUCUUGGUAAUUAUUGCCUCUAAAUGUGAACAAUUUAGACGUCAAAUUCCGAAAACAAAGGAGUUUUUGGUACAAUCUUCUAUCAACUUGAUUACAGAGAUCAAAGCCUUUUUAUUCAGCUCUCUCUCUGAUAUUCAAGCCUGGAAGGAAGUUAACCCCACCCAUGAAUUUGUUAGUGACAUGAUCUUGCAAUGGUUCAAACAUCAACAAUACGUUCCAUUUGUUAACUCAAGCACUUCAUUAACCAAUUGUCACCCCGUUGAAAAGGUUGAAGAGAAGUUCCGGGACUUGGCCAACGGGAUUCUUUUCUCCGUGCAAAAGGUUGCCCAGCUUGCAACUAGUGAAACUGUUGUUGAUGAGGAAACAGAUAAAUGGCUUGUUAUUUCUUCUAGAAAGCUUCAACAAUACGUUAAAGACUUACAUUUCAACAGUGUGGUUAAGAAGAUGAAGUCAUGUUUACAGCUACUCCAACAAGUUGAGUUCAACGACACGACUUCCAAGGCUGCCAUUGCAAUAGUAUCGUUCACGUUACCCUUGAUAUCCACCUGGGCCCGAAUUGUGGCCUUGAUCUACGAUAAGGUCGUGUCCAACUAUGUGGAGACUUCCCAUGCCACUUAUAUCUUUGCUAACUCUUUAUAUGAAUUAGCUACUAAAGGGUUCUGUACCCCUGAAGCUCCGAGUGAAGAGAAGCAAGACGACAACUUACAAGAUGGUACUGGGUUAGGAGAUGGUGAAGGUGUCACUAACAAUUCCAACGAUGUUGAAGACGAUGAAGAUUUGAGCGAACAAGCCCAGCAACCCAAUAAAGAGAAGGAGGAGAAGGAUGAAGGCGAAGAAGAGAAUGACGAUGCUGUGGACAUUGAAGGUGACAUGGCUGGUGAAUUGGAAGAUGCUCCACCUGAAGAUGAUGAUAAUGAAGAAGGUGAUGAUGAUGAGAAUGACGAUUUAGAUGAGGAAAUUGACGAUAUAGAUGAGAUGGACCCCAACGCUAUUGAUGAGAAGAUGUGGGACGAAGAAGUUGAAGACGAUAAGAAGGAGAAGGAAUCUGAUAAGGCCCCUGAGAGUCUGAACCCAGAUGAGAACAUGGAAGCCAACGAAGACGAUGCUCAAGAUGAUAGGAGUGAGUCUAAAGACGGAAAAGAUAAAGGAGACGAAGAUGAUAAGGAUGAAGAAGAAGAUGGUGAAGAUGAAGAAGAUGUAGGGGAGCAGGAAGACAAUGUUGAACAGAAGGAUAACGAGCAAAUGGACGACUAUGUUCCUGACGCAGAAACACUUGAUAUGCCUGAAGAUUUGGAGUUGGAUGGUGAUGAACAGGACGAAGAAGGUGAAUCUGAAACUGACGAAGAGUUCACAGACAAGAUGGACAUUGAGGAGGAGGCGGAAGAAGAAGAAGAUGUUAAGCAGAAGGAUGAGGGAGAAAAUGAGAACGAGGAAGAAGGGGAAGCUGAAGAAGAAGAAGAAGGUGAAGCUGAAGAAGGUGAAAAUGAAAAUGAACCGGAACCUGAAGAGUCCAAUGCUGAUCCCAGUGUUAAUGAAGAGCCUAUUAAUGAAGAAGAAAAGGAAGUAGGCGAAGCUGAAGAUAAAGCCGAAGAGGAUGAGGACAAUAAACCUGCUCAAGAAGAACAAGUUGAAGGAACUGAAGGACUUGAUGGUGAGGAUAAUUCCGAAGAUAACAAUGGGGAAUCUUCAGUUCAGCAACAAGCUGGAGAAAGAGAUGAAGGAGCAGAUGAACAAGUUGGAGACGAGAAUGAAGACAUUGGAGGAAUUGGUGGAGCUUCAGACAACAAGCAACAAGAUACCGAAGAGGACGAAUCUCAUAAGGAUUCAGCCAGAGAUAUGGCUAAAGAAUCGCUUAAACAGUUGGGUGAUUCAUUAAAGGAGUUCCACCGUCGUCGACAAGAAAUCAAAGAAGCAUCUACCAGAGAUGAAGAAGAAAAGAAGGAAGGAGCCAAUGAGAAUCCUGACGAGUUUGAACAUAUUGAUGGAGCCAAUGCUGAAUUCGAUACCCAAGCGUUGGGAGCAGCUGAUAAGGACAAUCUUCAGACUAUUGAUGAAGAUAAGGCCAUUGACCAGGAAGAAGAAGAAGUUAAAGAAGAAGAAGACAUUUUAAAGGAGGAUGUCGACAUAAAUGAAGAUACUGACAUGAAGGAAGAAGACGACAACGAAGGACAAGGGGAAGAACCCAAUGAAUUUGAUGCUACUUCCAGUGGAUUUGUUGGGGAACGUAAGGUUAAAGAAGAGGAGAACAAUGACGACUUUAUGCAAUUGAAGGGUGACAUUGAUAUGGAAGAUGAAGAAGACAAUGACGAUGGAAGUGAAUAUGACGACAUUAACGACAUUAAUGAAUUAUCUUCUUCCAUUCCUCCAUUGACCAUUGAAGAAGCCAGUAGAACAUGGAAAGAGAGUGAAUUGGCUACACAAGAACUUGCUUCUGGUUUAUGUGAACAGUUACGGUUGAUUCUUGAACCCACAUUGGCUACAAAGCUUAGGGGUGACUAUAAGACUGGGAAACGGUUGAACAUGAAGAGAAUCAUCCCGUAUAUUGCUUCGGACUUUAGAAAGGACAAGAUCUGGUUGAGAAGAACCAAGCCCUCUAAAAGGCAAUACCAAGUGAUGAUAGCCGUAGAUGAUUCCAAGUCUAUGAGUGAAAGUAAGGCAUCGCAACUUGCAUUCCACAGUAUAGCCUUAGUGACCAAAGCCUUGACCCAAUUGGAAAGCGGAGGACUUUCGAUAGUGAGGUUUGGUGAAGACGUUAAAGUGGUCCACCCCUUUGACAAACAAGUCAAUAAUCAAGACAGUGGGUCCAAGAUCUUCCAAUGGUUUGAUUUCCAACAGACCAAGACCGACAUUAAGAAGCUUUGUUCCCAAUCAUUAGACAUUUUCGAACAAGCUCGAGGCUCUGUUAACUCCGACUUGUGGCAGCUACAAAUCAUAUUGUCUGACGGGGUUUGUGAAGACCACGACACCAUCCAACAAUUGGUCCGUAAAGCUCGGGAAGAACGAAUCAUGUUGGUGUUUGUAGUCAUUGAUGGUAUUGGAUCCCAAGAGUCUAUCCUAGACAUGAGUCAAGUGAAAUAUGUCGCUGACGACAUUACUGGACAAUUGAAUCUUAAAGUGGAGAAGUACUUGGACACCUUCCCUUUUGAGUACUAUGUCGUUGUUAAGAACAUCAAUGAGUUGCCAGAGAUGCUCUCGUUGAUCCUUAGACAAUACUUUAGUGAAAUCGCCAGAUAA